AGCGCCGCCGCCGCUGCUCUGGGAAAGACCCCAACCAAGAGCCCGUGGGCAGUAAAGGGGCCCACAGAGGCCGCCGCCGGCGCCGCCUCGGUCACCCCUCCUGCCUUAAGUCAGGCUGCCUUCAGGAUGACAGCUCUGGAGGCCUCUCAAGGCGGGCCCUGCUUGUGGCUGCCAGUGCUGCUGGUCUUGGGCUCUGGCCACGUUCCUGGGGUGACCAGUGAGACCCACUAUCAGCCUGGAGACCCAGUCAUGUUAUAUGUCAACAAGGUGGGGCCUUACCACAAUCCGCAGGAGACCUACCACUACUACCAGCUGCCUGUUUGCUCCCCUGAAAAGAUCCGACACAAGAGCCUCAGCCUGGGCGAAGUGUUGGAUGGUGACCGAAUGGCCGAGUCCAUGUAUCAGAUCCGCUUCAGAGAGAAUGUUGAGAAACGGACUCUCUGCCAGAUGCGAUUAACUUUUGCCCAGGUUGAACGGCUGCGCCAGGCCAUUGAGGAAUUAUACUACUUUGAAUUUGUAGUGGAUGACCUGCCAAUUCGUGGCUUUGUGGGCUACAUGGAAGAGAGUGGUUUCCUUCCACAUAGUCACAAGAUAGGACUCUGGACUCACUUGGAUUUUCACCUUGAAUUCCAUGGGGAUCGAAUUGUUUUUGCCAAUGUCUCAGUUCGUGAUGUCAAGCCUCAUAGCUUGGAUGUGGUACGGCCUGAAGAGCCUCUGGACCUCACUCACACUUACAGUGUGCACUGGUCUGAGACUUCAGCAGAACGUCGGGGAGAUAGGCACCAUGGGGAUGAUGGUGGAUUCUUCCCUCGAACACUGGAGAUCCAUUGGCUGUCUAUUAUCAACUCUAUGGUGCUGGUGUUUCUACUGGUGGGAUUUGUAGCCGUCAUCCUCAUGCGGGUCCUUCGCAAUGACUUAGCCCGCUACAAUUUGGAUGAGGAGCCAAACUCUGGUAGUUCCACCGAUGACUUUGACCAGGGUGACAAUGGCUGGAAGAUUAUCCAUACUGAUGUUUUCCGCUUUCCCCCAUGUCGUGGUCUGCUCUGUGCUGUGCUUGGUGUGGGUGCCCAGUUCCUGGCCCUUGGCACUGGCAUCAUCGUCAUGGCCCUGCUGGGCAUGUUCAAUGUGCACCGGCAUGGCGCCAUCAACUCAGCAGCCAUCUUGCUGUACGCCCUGACCUGUUGCAUUUCUGGCUAUGUGUCCAGCCACUUCUACCGGCAGAUUGGAGGCGAGCGCUGGGUCUGGAACAUCAUUCUCACCACCAGCCUCUUCUCUGUGCCUUUCUUCCUGACUUGGAGUGUGGUGAAUUCUGUGCAUUGGGCCAAUGGAUCGACACAAGCGCUUCCAGCCACUACCAUCCUGCUGCUGCUAACAGUCUGGCUUCUGGUGGGCUUCCCUCUCACUGUCAUAGGUGGCAUCUUUGGUAAGAACAAUGCCACUCCUUUUGAUGCCCCUUGCCGGACCAAGAAUAUAGCCCGGGAGAUCCCGGCCCAGCCCUGGUACAAGUCUACUGUUGUCCACAUGACCAUUGGUGGCUUCUUGCCCUUCAGUGCCAUCUCGGUGGAGCUCUACUACAUCUUCGCCACUGUGUGGGGCCGGGAGCAAUACACGCUCUACGGCAUCCUCUUCUUCGUCUUCGCCAUCCUAUUGAGCGUGGGCGCCUGCAUCUCCAUCGCACUCACCUACUUCCAGCUCUCAGGGGAGGACUAUCGCUGGUGGUGGCGCUCCGUACUCAGCGUGGGCUCCACGGGUCUCUUCAUCUUCUUCUACUCCGUCUUCUACUAUGCGCGGCGCUCCAACAUGUCGGGUCCCGUGCAGACCGUGGAGUUCUUUGGCUACUCCUUCCUUACUGCCUACGUCUUCUUCCUCAUGCUGGGCACCAUCUCCUUCUUCUCUUCCCUCAAGUUCAUCCGCUACAUCUAUGUCAACCUCAAGAUGGACUGAGUUCCAAGCGAAGCCCAGACCCGGGCCCCUCUGCUGCUGGGACAGCUUGCUGCCCUUUCCCGGAGCCAGCCCCCGGGGAAGAAGGAAGGGACAGCAAGUGGAGGAGUGAGGGGGGGUCGUGCCAAGUGGCUUGGCUCCAGCCCUCCUCCCACUGCAAUGUGCUCUUUGAGCCGGCCUCCUCCCCCCGGGGAGAGGCCCUUCAAGUCUAUAAAUAUCUAUAAAUAUCUAUAUAUAGAAGGACUUAUAUAUUAGAAUUUUUAAUUUGCUUUUCGUUUUGGUUCCAAUGAUUUUCUUUUUACAACUGUCACAAUAAAGUUUGUUAAGAAACCACAA